AUGCAUUUCUAUCUGGCAACCUCCGUGCUUGCUUUGCUCUGCGCAAGCGCACAAGCGUACGACUAUCUCACAGCCACUGCCCUAGUCACCAAUGCUGCGAACGAAUCAGCGCUCGAGUGUUGGCGGUUUGCGACACCGCUGGUUGACUCUUCGGAACCUGGUAUUGCCGGUAGCCUGAGGUUCAACUUCAAUGCUAGUAGUGCUUCGUACACUAUCAUUCCACCGAGGUUCAAUGGCAGCAGACACAAUAGUCCUACUCCUCAGGAUGAGGAGUGGUUCAUUGGAGGAAACCAGGGUCUGCUUGUCGCGGCUGACACGACCGGAGAUGGUCACAUCACCGAAUACCCAUCUGAGCAGUAUACAUCUGUGUUGACCAUCCCGUUCCCCGAUGGCCUGGUGCCCGCUCACGAGAAGCUGUCUUCAGGAGCUUGCCACUUCAGCAGCAUCGGAGCGAGAUCGCCUCAAGAUAGGAUGUGGCACUGA